CUUUGGCCCAGACCAUCUGACUCCUUCAGUGAGAGCCACAAUAUUACUGUCCGCAAUAUCGCCAACGACGGCGGGGACAUUUCCAGCACUGUACGAGCCGCCAUCGAGGCCAUAGACAAUAUCGAAUACCCGGCAUGUCGGCGCCCGUAACCCAGGAGGAGCUGCCCAUCCUUGAGGCCGUCAUAAACAUCCGCAACCGACUCACAGCCUUGAAGAAGGACAGAGGAGAGUACAUCAAGCCAUCCGACGUCAAUGCAUUAUAUCAGGCUAUCAUUCGUCAAGUGACGCGAUUGAAUGAAGUUCGAGACGAGAACACGACCUACAACAACCGACUGGACACCACGUUGGCCGAUGUAUUCAACCUCCUAUCUUUGUUCUUCCUGACGAUCGGGAGAACGAAGGAAUGUCCUGCAACAUACAGUCAAAUUGCUAGCAUGCGGCAAAUACUAGAGCAUAUGGAUGAGUCAGGAAUCUACAACGAGUCCGACCUCGCGCCGUUCCACCGGCGGCUAGCCGAGUUACGGGCGAUUGUUCGGCAUGAUGCUGACAGCGGGAGACAUCCGGUGGCGAUGACCACCCUAUUAGAGAGGCAGCUGAACGAAUGCGAGAACGUAUUGAGACGCCUGCAGGAGUCACUAGCAGUACUUUCGCCCGAACUUGUACCCAUUCAUGAACGUCUCGUCAAUAUCCGACGGCAGUUGGUUGCUUUGGCUGCUAAGGAAACUGCAAGAGAAAUAGAGCAUGCCAACGCCUUUGUUGUCAAGUCAAACGAGUCUACCCCUAUGAAGGUGCCUUCAAGAGAAAGCACACCAUUUCCGGAAUAUGCCGCUAGCAUUAAUGAUACGGCAAGCGAUUUGGAGGCGAAGACACCAACGAAGGGCUCAACACCCAAGGCGGAGGUUGCGAAAGAGAAGGAAGGCUCCAGAACCAAGGCAGAAUUGAAGGCGAUCAUGGAGGAACUGCGCAAGAUAGAUUCGAAGCGAGUGGAUGGCAAGUUCUUAGGUCCCGGUGGCACGGUGCCAGCAUCGCAAGCCAUCUGUUCGUCUCUCCUUGAAGAGUGCUUCGAGAUUGCACAGGAGAUCCGUGCGCAAGAUGAUUCGAAAUAUGUAGCCUCGUCUCUCAAGCCGAUCUAUGACAGGCUCAGCGAGAUGCGGCGAGAGCUGGAGCAGCUGGUUUUGACUCACCGCUGGAGUCUUCGUGAGACAGACCUCUGGAACUACAGCUUGAGUCUGCAGGAGAUCGACAAGAUGCGGGUUGAUGGCAAGUUCGUCGAUGCCGACGGCAACCGUCCGUCGGGGCAAUAUGUAUUGCUUUACCUGCUUCGGCGAUGUUAUGGCUUGAUCUAUCGCUUGCUAUCGUCGAGUGAACCAGUCUCGGAGGAGUUGAUGCCUAUCGCGAACAAGCUCUCCACCGUGAAGAAAUGUUUGAAUGAAGUGUUGAAAUACGGGGGUCCUUUCUCUCCACGAGAUCUCUAUCCUUAUCAGCUAGCUCUCUAUCAGAUCGACUCCAUGCGAAAAGACGGCAAGUUCGUCGGAGUAGACGGGUCGAUUCCCGAGGGACAGGGUAUCGUGAUGGCUCAUCUAAACGAAUGCCAUGAACUGUUGGAGAUGCUAAAAGAAGCCAUGGAGGAAGGCGAAGAUGAGGUGUACGGAGAUGAGGACGAAGACGAAGACGUCUUCGACGACCCGCCGGAGGAGGAAGAAGAGCGGGCGUAGUCUUCUAUUCUUAUACGGACGAUUUUCGCGCUGUUUGGUUUCUGGUGGAUUUUCGAGCUUUCUCUUCUGUUGAACAGCGCGACGCUGCACUCUGAAUGGUAAACUCCAUGCACGGGAGCGCCCUAUAAGCCGGGGUUUCUGCGCUCACUCACUGGUCCACUG